GUUGUGAGGGGAACGUAUGCCGCCAUCUUGUUUCUAGCGAUAGGUGAAACGCAUCGGCUCCCGGUAACGGGAGUAAAACGGUCUGGUUUACAGGAACUUCACUCAGCUGCGGAUUACUACUCAUUUCUGUUAUAUUCAUUCACCCCCAGACGGAGAGUGACAGGUUUUCACGGCUCUGGCGUGAGGAUGAACGGAGGAUAAAUGGUGCCCAAACCGGACAGCGGCACCUUCCUUCUCCUUUUCCUGCUUGUGCUGACGUUGACCGAGCCGCUGCGGCCAGGUCCACGAGUAGUUCUGGCAAGACUGCAAUCAGAACUGCGCUGUACUCCAGGGCAGUUUGCAUGCCACAGUGGUACAAUCCAGUGUAUUCCUUUGCAUUGGCAGUGCGAUGGAUGGCCAACCUGUGAGGAUGAGAGCGAUGAGGUCAACUGUCCAGGGAAAUGUCCAACAGGGUGGCAUCAUUAUGAGGGGACAGCCAGCUGCUACAAGGUGUACUCCAUGGGGGAGAAUUACUGGGAUGCAGUGCAGACCUGUCAAAAAGUCAACGGUUCCUUGGCUACUUUUACCACCGACCAGGAGCUGAAGUUUGUCUUGGCACAGGAAUGGGAUAUGGAGGAGAGACCAUUUGGCAGAAAAGAUCAGAGAAGGCUGUGGGUUGGAUAUCAGUUUGUGAUCACCAGCAGGAAUCAUUCUGUGGAGGGACACUGGGAAGUAGCCUAUAAAGGCUCCUCAGAGGUAUUUUUGCCUCCGGUGCCAAUUUUUGGUACUGCUAUGUCUGAAAAUGAGAAUAUCUUGUGUGCACAGCUACAGUGUUUCCAUCUGCCAUCUCUGCGCCAUAAUGGCCUCCAUAGCUGGUAUGCGGAGAACUGCUAUGAAAAGUCCUCUUUUCUCUGCAAACGAAGUCAGACGUGUGUUGACAUAAAAGACAACAUUGUGGAUGAAGGUUAUAACUUCACUCCAAAAGGAGAUGACCCUUGCUUGAGCUGUACAUGUCACAGUGGUGGUCCAGAAAUGUGUGUAGCUGCUCUAUGUGAAAGACCGCAGGGCUGUCAGCAGUACCGUAAGGAUCCCAAAGAAUGCUGUAAAUUCACCUGCCUGGACCCAGAUGGCAACAGUCUUUUUGACUCCAUGGCAAGUGGUAUGCGUCUUAUUGUAAGCUGUAUUUCCUCCUUCCUCAUACUUUCCCUGCUGCUCUUCAUGGUUCAUCGUCUGCGGCAGAGACGGAGAGAACGUAUAGAAUCUUUAAUUGGAGCCAACUUGCACCAUUUUAACCUUGGACGCAGAAUGCCUGGCUUUGAUUAUGGUCCUGAUGGCUUUGGGACAGGCUUGACACCAUUGCACCUCUCUGAUGAUGGAGAAGGUGGUGCAUUCCAUUUUCAUGAGCCUCCACCCCCUUACACCGCCUAUAAAUACUCCGACAUUCAACACCCUGAUGAUCCUCCUCCUCCGUAUGAAGCGUCUAUCAGCCCUGAUAUAAUUUUGUGCUCAACACCAGAUCAAGGUGUUCAUCAGUCUGCUGCACUGUCCACUGGAACCAGUAGUAAUGCCUCCUCUCCACAAACAACAGAGGAACCCUUGCCACCUGCUGUACCCUCGAUGGCUCAUCCUCAAGGCAAUACAGAACACCACGACAAUGGCAGUCCUUCACUGAUGGUGCCUGCUAAUUCUCGGCAGAGUGAAGCCUACGGCACUGACACUCGGACCGGACCAUCACCUACUAACUGUUCUUUGAACACUGUUGUGUAAAAAUAUUACUUUAAAAAAAAAAAACACACAAAUAAAACAAAAUGAUAGAAAGACGCAGCACAGCUUCUGGAAGCUCACGGAGGAACACAGGAGCAGCAAACUAGUGCCCCUAACAGCCGGCUGUGCCCAAACGCCAGGUUUUAUCGACUGUCCAUUUGACAAACUUCUGGAACUUAUACUUGGUCUGUCGUUUUGUUUUGGGGGUUUUUGGAGAAGAAGAAUCCCAGUAUAUUUCUGGGGUGUAUAGUGAUUAGGCAGGUGAUUUAUUCCCAUUUGGAACGGAGUGAUUUAUCAUGUAAAUAAUACAUUUCAAAAUUCUGCACUUUUUCCAUUCCCCUUAGGUUGAGUGAGUGAGUGUGUUUGUAAGCGAGAUAGAUGUAAGUAGGGGGUAUGUUGUCCUCUAUUCAAGAUUUUUAUACACCGUUUUGGGCUGGUUUUGCUUUUUUUCUCUCCUCCUAUCUGUAGUAAAUACUCGCAAUAAUCAGGCAAGCUCCACAGCAAAGGGGACCUUCACAGAUACUGUACAAUCUCCAGCAUAGUUUAUGGUUCAGAGGUCAAGUUCUCUGUUUCAAAGUUGAUCAUAUUAACAUGCUGCUGCUAGAUCGCUAGUAGUUAUGGAUUCGGAAAACACAAUCUUCACAUUUAUUGUGCAACCUUCAGUAUGUGUGACUAGUGGACUGUUUUGCAUGUGUCUGUCUGCGAAGUGUAGUUAAUUUCUAAAGUUGGGACCAGGAACUGUACAUAUGAUGAUCUUCACCGCCCACAUCUUUCAGGGGCAGAUGGGGAAUUUUCAAUUUCUAAUAAGGUGCCCUGCAUCUAUGAAGUUGCUUUUGCAAUUUCUCAUUUUCAUAUUCUUACUCUGCCUUUAAGUUUAUCUCCUGUUCUUUUCUCAUACACUGUUAUCAUAUCACUGAAUGUUGAACUUUAAUGGUCUUAUGUUCUGUUUUAUACAAGAAAUUUAGUGAAUGAUUUGUGGGUUAGAGGGUUGUUGCUGGUAGUAAUUGUUGAAAGUGCAACAGCUUUUUCAGGAAACUGGAAGAAAUGUGCUGCUUCAUUAUUUGUUUGUUAUUCAACAAUCCUAUUUAAAGGUGCAAGCAAUAACCUCUAAAAUGAAAAAAUAACAUUAAUUUUUCCUUUCACUAAGCUGCUGUUUUAGUAAACUUCCUUUUAACUUGCAUAAUGAAAUAUAAAACAUAGGAAAAACCCUUGAGCAAAACAUGCAAUCCAUGAAAAUGAAACCAAGGUUUCCUAGAGUGAUAAUUAUGGGUAGGCAACAAUACCUUUGUUGGCAGGCAAUAAGGUUUUUAUUUAUUAAAUAGUUGAAAUGUGGUACAGCUCAUUAAUAUCUUAAUUUGUGUUUUGUAGCAGUUUGCACCUUUUAAGAAAACAGUUCGGUAUUUAACUUUAUUUGCUGAAUGAUUGGAAAUGUAUGUGCUAUGAGACCUUUCAGGAGUAAAUCCUGAGUAUGCUUAUCAUGACUGAGUAAUCCAUUUCCCAGCUGCUAGCCUGCUCUGCUUCAAAAUCUGCCAGUAUCCCAUUCAGUCAUAUGUUCAAAUCACGUUAGAUUUGAUAAGUGUUUCCAUUCUAUUCUAUACAGUGUUUCUGGUCCUGUGAUUCUCCAGCCAGUGUUAAUCAAAAUAUAUGUGGUAGACCACUGCAUCAUUUUCCAUAUUAACUUGAUUAAAGAUUAUGCAAGGUUUCUUGGAGAAAGAGUAAUUUUACUUAAAAGAACAGGAUCAGACUGCUGUGUAUGAAAAAAUUGUAAAAUAUCUCUGAUCCAACAACAUACAGUGUAGCAUGCAAAGUAGAUGCAGUAGCUAAGGGGUUACAUUUGAAAGUGUAUUAGUACUAAUACAGCAAUUUGUUAGUUUCAAAUUUAAGUCCCUUGGCAUUUGGUUAGCUUAAUUGCCCUUACUUGAAUAUCCAAUGUAUGCAGCUCUCUUCUCUCAAUAUCUUCAGUGUUAAAGUACUUAUAUCAAGUUGCAAGGUGUAUUUUGAAAUUCAUUUUUAAGUCUAAUUUAAAAAGUUUACACCCCUUUCUUGCUUUCUUUGGGAAAGAAGGAAGUAUCCGCAAUAAGUUUGGUGCCUCCGGCAAGUAAUGGGGUUAAAUAAUGCAGGUUUCCAAGGAGGUCCUACACAAGGCUAUUCUUGCUCUACUCAUCCUCGGUUUCUGUGACUCAUUUUUACCUGUGGCAGUGUGUAAAUAAUUUUGGUAUACCAAGACUUGGAAUAUAAUGCGGUUUCUUUCAGCCCCUGUGACAAAAAUUACUUUCAUUUUUAACGUCAUUUGACACUAAAAUCAACUGGUUUACUUUUCCUCAUGCUACUGUGAGAAUCAUUUCAUUCAGAUGCCAAAAUAAACAUAUUCUAGAAGGUAUUUUGUCUGUGUUCUAUGUAUAUGAUGCAAGAUAAUUUUUCCAAGAAUGCUAUAUGCUAAACCGUUAUUCAUGUACCCCUGGAGUACAGUUUUGUGGAGCAAAUUUCACACUUAUUGUAAUAAAUGUAAUAGGUUUUAAACAA